AUGCCAGUGAAGAGCCGUGCCAGUGAAGGGCCGUGCCAGUAUGAGGUUGUUGGCGAAGUAUAUGCCGUAUUGAAUUGCCUCCUCCCCUUCUUUACCCUCUACCCAAGGCCCGUUCUCUGUCUCCUUCUCUUUGAAAAAAGAGUAUCAACAAGCGACCCGUUUAACCCAGCAGCCUCUCCACUCCGUCUACAACCGGUUUUGGACCACAACUCGGCUUCUUCGACCCUUCUCAUGAAACGGCACGUCACACGCCACUCGGGAGUUCCCUCCUACGUGAGAUCCAGAUCUCCACCAACCUCUAACUGCAUUGUCUUUGACAAGCGGCAGAAGAAAAAAAACAACGCUAAAGAACCCCCAAAAAAAAAGAUUUACGAAACGCUCGUCAAACAGCCCUCUUUUUGCUUUCUGCCUCAUAACAAAAAGAACGAAAAGAGGCUCAAACGGGCCAAAAGAAAAGGGGGCGGCGAAACGAUGUAUUGGCUUGCACGGGCUCUCUGUUUGGAGACACAGGCCACAUGUCUCGGACCAUUUGGAUUCAACUUGUAUUCCAUCGGGUCGAUGGGCGCUAGACACUACUUGCAUACGACAACCACCACCACAACGGUGACCUCGUCGUCGUUGGUGGAGGUUUACACCAACUAUACAAACUCCGCUGUCACUUUCUUUAGCGGUGGUGGUUUUGGCGGUGGCGGCGGCGCGUUUGGUGGUGGUGCGUACGGUAAUUACACGGCGAGUAAUUUUUCAACACCGCGAAUUUACAAUUUUCGGGGUAUAAAUGACACGAGACACACCACCACCACCACAAUUCAGACUUCUCAUAUCGCCACCACACGGUUUUCUUGCCAGCAGCAAGAUCAAAGACACCAACAGCUAACGUUUACUAGGAAUUGCUCAAUGUGCAGACAGUUGGAGAAAGAAGGGUCCGGCGCCCAAUUGGUGCCCACAGAACGAGAAGUGUUACCAACAAACGUUAAACCCUUGCAUUAUGAUCUUACGCUCGAACCCAAUUUCGAAACUUUUAAAUUCAACGGUGAAGAGACAAUUGAUUUCGAAGUUAAGGAGAGAACAGAUUUCAUCACUUUGAACUCGUUGGAAAUUGACGUGAAGGAAGCUAAAGUUGACGACGUGCCAAUCACGGAUAUUUCGUACAACACCAAGAAGCAAACGGUUACUUUCAAGUUGCCCGAUCAUUUGGUCAAAAACUCAACUGCUCAAUUGCACUUGAAAUUCGUUGGUGAACUAAAUGACAAGAUGGCUGGCUUUUACCGCUCCUCGUAUCAAGACGGAGAAGGCGGCAAGACCAAAUAUCUCGCUACCACGCAAAUGGAACCAACCGAUUGCCGUCGAGCUUUCCCUUCAUAUGAUGAGCCGGCAGCAAAAGCCAAGUUCACCAUCAAGUUGAUUGCCGAUAAGGAUCUCGUGUGUUUGUCCAACAUGGAUGAAAAGGAAACGGAGUUGUUGGAGGGCCACAAAAAGAAAGUCAUCUUCAACACAACCCCCUUGAUGUCGACUUAUUUGGUUGCUUUCAUUGUUGGCGACUUGAGAUAUGUUGAAAACAACUCGUAUCGUGUCCCGAUAAAAGUUUACGCUACACCUGGCUCUGAGCAUUUGGGACAGUAUUCCGCUGAUAUUGCAGCAAAGACCUUGGCGUUUUUCGAUAAGAAGUUUGAUAUUCCUUACCCAUUGCCCAAAUGUGACAUGGUGGCAAUCCAUGAUUUUUCAGCAGGUGCCAUGGAGAACUUUGGCUUGAUCACUUACAGAACCGUUGACCUUUUAAUCGACCCGGAAAAUACCAAUGUCAACACUAAACAACGAGUCACUGAGGUUGUCAUGCACGAAUUGGCCCAUCAAUGGUUUGGUAACUUGGUCACCAUGGACUUUUGGGAUGGCUUGUGGUUAAAUGAAGGCUUUGCCACUUGGAUGUCGUGGUAUGCUUGUGACUCGUUAUAUCCAGAUUGGAAAGUUUGGGAAUCGUAUGUUUCCGACUCGUUGCAACAUGCUUUAACUUUGGAUGCGUUGAGAGCUUCUCAUCCGAUCGAAGUCCCCGUCAAGAGAGCAGAUGAAAUCAAUCAAAUCUUUGAUGCCAUUUCAUAUAGUAAAGGUUCCUCUUUGUUAAAGAUGAUUUCAAGAUGGUUAGGCGAGGAUGUCUUUAUUAAGGGAGUUUCAAACUACUUGAAAAAGCACAAGUGGGGCAAUACCAAGACGUCUGAUUUGUGGCAAGCAUUGGGUGAAGUUUCCGGCAAGGAUGUUGUUACUGUUAUGGACAUCUGGACUAAAAACAUUGGAUUCCCAAUUGUUAAAGUUGAAGAGUCUGGCGAUGAAAUUAAAGUUACCCAGAACAGAUUCUUGGCUACUGGUGAUGUCAAGCCCGAAGAAGAUAAAGUCAUCUACCCGGUCUUUUUGGGAUUGAAAACAAGCGAGGGUUUAGAUGAGUCUUUAGUUUUGGAUGAAAGAACAAAGACAUUCAAAUUGCCAGGUAAAAAGGAUGGUAAUGAUGAUUUUUUCAAAAUCAAUGGAGACCAAGCUGGUAUCUACCGUACCGCCUAUGAUCCUGCAAGAUGGACAAAACUCGGCCAAGCAGGUGUCGACGGCAAACUUUCAGUCGAGGACCGUGUAGGCUUAGUUGCCGAUGCCGGUUCUUUGGCCUCUUCGGGAUUCAUUAAAACUUCAAGCUUGUUGGACUUGGUCAAGUCGUGGUCUCAAGAGUCAAACUAUGUCGUGUGGGACGAGAUCCUCAGCAGGAUCGGAUCAAUGAAGGCAGCAUUGAUGUUUGAAGACGAAGCCACCAAUAACGCAUUGAAAACAUUCACCCGUGACUUGAUUGGCGCCAAAUUGAACGAGAUUGGAUGGGAGUUUAAAGAAACGGACACGUUUGCAGAUCAACAAUUGAAAUCAUCGCUUUUCGCUUCCGCCGCCAACGCAGAUGACCCAAAAGCAGUUGCAUAUGCCCGCGAUGCAUUUAAAAAGUUUGUCGCCGGAGACAAAAAGGCCAUCCACCCCAAUUUGAGAGCUACGAUCUUCAACAUCAACGCCAAGGAAGGCGACGCAGCCACUUUUGACCAGUUGUUUGCUAUAUACAAGAACCCGCAAUCCGUCGAGGAGAAAAUCGCCGCGUUGCGUGCAUUUGGUAGGUUCAAGAAACCGGAAAUCAUGGAUAAGGUCGCUGGCUUGUUGUUGCAAUCGGACGUGGUGAAGCAACAGGACAUCUACAUCCCCAUGCAGGGACUCAGAGCCCACAAGGAAGGUGUUGAGAAACUAUGGGACUGGUUAACUGUCAACUGGGACAAGGUUUACCAGAUCUUGCCCCCUGGCUUGUCCAUGUUGGGGUCAGUGGUGACGUUGGCUACGUCUGGAUUCACUAAAGAAGAGCAAAAGCAACGCGUGGAGAAAUUCUUUAGCCAAAAGGACACAACGGGUUAUAACCAGGGAUUGGCACAGUCGUUGGAUAUCAUUUCCGCCAAGGGUAAAUGGGCCCAACGUGAUUCAAAGUUGAUCUACGAUUGGCUCGCGGUGCACGGAUACACAAAGUGA